UCUCUCUCUCUCUCUUAAAGUACCACGCAUAACGACGGGUUGGCAGAGUGACUAGUUUGGUGUCAAGAUUUACUCCUCUUCCUCUUUCUCCUAACACAUUCACUCCUCUCACGUUCCACUCGAUCUUCGCUCCUCUCUUCAGUCCUGUCAGUCGCGUCACAACCUCAGGAGGGGGAGUACGCAUGACAGCAGCGCUCCCACCUGUCAGUGGCUCAGUGGCUCGCCAGACUGCCGCCAGGAGUCAUGUGGUCGUGUGACUCCUCUGUUGACGCUCGCUGAAGAAACUUUGAUAUUGACAAUAAUCGCCGUUCGUUAAUACGCAAUUUACAGUUUGUGUUGAAAAGUGUUAAAUAUUUAAUUUCCUUGAGAGUAAGUCAGUGAGUUUGUGAGGAGUAUUUGUGCGUGAUUAAGUCGACCUUGGAGAAUUUUUUAGCGACCUACAGGCGACCUUUGUAGGCCUCCCGCCGCGCCUUAGCUGCGGAGAGGACGGAACGCUGGAAGGCAAAAGGCUAAGGUGAAGAUGGAUGGGAAGAAGGUGGAGUGUGAGGUGGGAGACGUGCACCAUGUGCUGUACUACGGCUCUGCACACCUCCACCACGCCAUACGUACACGAGUGGUGGAGCGUGGCGCUGGGCGGGACGGGCGUGUUUUUCCUUAUGUCGCCCAUUACCUAGCUACAGGCGAGAUGCUCUACCCAGUACACGAGGGCGAGGCGAUGGUGACGCGCCUUCUACAGGAGCUGACUCGCCUCGACCUCGUGCAAGACUUCCUUCGAACCCCAGCGGCCUCGUCUUCCGCCUCCCGCGCUGCUCAGAAGGAAGGUGGAGAGGGUCGCCUUGGUGGGGACACGCUCAAAGUGAACACCCUCAAAGUGAACACACGGCGCCACCCGCUCUCCUUCUCCUCCCUCCUCACGCACCUCCGCCCUGCCCACGCCCAUGCCCACACACCCGCCGUCUACCGCCCACCCUCAAACAAGAGACAGGGCAGCACACUGGUGGUGGUGGGACGCAGUGCCCUUCGUCUCCGGGAGGUGGUGGUGCAUGGCCCGAGGGAUGAACUGGGGCGCAUCUUCCCUAACGACCAUCUGCUUCCCGCUCCUGCCCCCGCCCACGCCGCCCUCGACGCCCAAGUGACGCCCACCCCGCCUAGUGACCCCAGCCUCUCCCCGGCCCACGCCGCUCUUAGUACUCUGGCCGAUAAGGGGUACACGCCGACCGUCAGGUCUUCAUGGGUGUGCGGACAGAGCGGCGCCCUUAUCACACAGUGGCUGGUAUACCGACGGAGAGGAGGCAGAAGGAAAGGAGGAGGAGGUGGAGGAGGAGUUAAGGCCGACAAUCACAAGUCCUCCUCCUCCUUCACUUCCUACAGUAAGCUCACGGGCACACUCUCCGCGGCCUCCACCUCCUCCCUGUUCUCCUCCUCCUUCCCCACGCUACGGAGAGCCUCUUCCACCACGGACUUAGCUAGCGUUUCCACCACCUCCUCCUCCUCCUUCUCGUCGUCCUCGUCCUCGUCCUCCUCGUCCUUUUCCUCCUCGAGUCGGACCAUGAGGAGUAAACUGAAGACUCGGAGUAAAUCUAUCCUCACCCUUCACGAACCUCCCCCACGACCCUCCCUGACCCUCAAACGACUACUGAGCGUGUUCUUCUGACGACCUAACCUCCUCUUACCUCCUGCAUCCUCUCUCUCUCUCUCUCUCUCUCUCUCUCUCUCUCUCUCUCUCUCUCUCUCUCUCUCUCUCUCUCUCUCUCUCUCUCUCUCUCUGCACUUGCUACACCUUUGUACAUGAAAGUUCUCGUUCUUUUUAUCGUUUUAAGGGCUCAAUAUUAACCUCCAGGUCUCUUUUCUUUGUUGUUUGUUAAUUAGGCUUGUUCGUCAGUAUAUAUAUGUUACGUACGCUCUUGUAAGGGUAUGAUGUACGUGUAUGUAUCGUUAUAUAUAUAUAUGUAUACGUACACGUAAUUUACAUACAUGUGUACACUCGUGAUUUGACUUGGGCCAGGUGUGUGUGUGUGUGUGUGUGUGUACUUAACGGCCUGCAAUAUGUACACACUAGUGACUCUUUGUAACAAUGGGUAUGUGUACCGUACAUUACAUCUUGAUUACUUUGGACACUGCCUUUGUUUGGGCGACACGUGUCCGUCUCUUGCUUUGUGUUUAUGACGAAAGCAUAUAUUUAUCAGCUGAUCUACGUGUUUCGCCUUUCUGUCUAUUAUCUAUCUAUCUAUUUUCCCUCCAUCCAUUUAUCCAUCUGUUUAUUUUUAUAUUCGUAUCUAUUAAUUCAUCUGUUUAGGGACGCACGCGAAUUAUUGUGAAAAUCAUCAAUAAAUAAAGGAAUUUGUGUG